CUGUGCCUCCGAGAGUCCGGCGACUGUUUGAGGGAGCACAUGCACUACAUGAUGAGAUCCCUUCAGGACCUGAAGCAUCUGAGAAGGACGUGUCCCGCAACCUGCAGAAACACUCGCCCUCCCAGCACCAACCAGCUCCCCACCGUUGCCCUCAGCGGCCCGUCCGCUGUGCCUCUGUCCUGCCGGCCCAGAGACCAGCGCGCCCGUCUCAGGAUAUCCAGCGCCAGCACAGCCAGUACCUACGACUCGGCCUGCUGCCUGGCCACCCCUCUGGAGGAAGAGGAGGACGAUGACGAAGACGACGGCUGCAGCAGUCGCCUCGGCCUCAACUCGCCGAGCAGCCACAAAAGUUUGGACUUUGACUCCGGGUACUCGGAGGCGUCGUGGCAGGACGAGGGGGUCAUCCUCAGGAGGACGAGGAACGUGCGCGUGUCGUCCUCAGCCUGCCUGCGCACCAACAGGGCGGCGAGUGGACGCGUUCGGCCUAAAUCGACGUCGGACGCUUGUCUGGAGAGGUGGACGUCCUUCGAGACGGGCGAUCCGGAGGACUGGGCCAACGCUUUGCUGACCAGAGGACGCAGCCGCCAACCUCUGGUUCUGGGAGACAACAGCUUUGCAGACCUCGUCCAGAACUGGAUGGACCUACCCGAUUGUCCCGAGCCCGCCGAGCCGAAACCCAAAACCAGACGCAGACUGGGACGAAGCCUCUUAGGAAACAUGCGGAGGAAACUGGCCGGCUUGUCAAAGAGCGUGGAGGAGAGAGUGAGGAUGAGGUCCGCAGACGCUCACCUCAGCAGAACCGCCAACGCCCCCAAGCGUCUCUCGUGUCCCGUUGUGUCGUCGGAGCCUAAGGUCCCCUUUUUCCACCAGUCCCACUCGGCUAUUCACGAGCUGGACACGGACUUUUAC